AUGGGUAAACAAAAUGGGUCAUGUUGGUGGUGUGUUAAAGCAUUUAAAUGGAUACCAGUUAUUUUUAUUCUUACAAUUGUGUUCUGGUCUUAUUAUGCGUAUGUAGUACAGUUGUGUUAUUAUACUAUUGAUAGUUACCUUCAAAAGACUUUAUACCUGAUAUUUUUUCAUAUAUUCAUCGCGAUGUUUUUGUGGUCUUAUUGGAAAACUGUCUUUACAGAUUUAAUUUCUGUUCCUGAAGUGUUUAAAGUACCUCUGUCAGAAGUUGAGAAGCUCCAACAAGCACAAAGUGAAGAAGCGCAAUGUGCAAUACUUGAAAGACUCGGACAAAAUUUACCCGUUUCUAAUCGAACAAUUAGAGGAGCGAUUCGCUUUUGCGACAAGUGCCAGUUAAUAAAACCUGAUCGUGCUCAUCAUUGCAGCGUAUGCCGCGCAUGUGUAUUAAAAAUGGAUCAUCAUUGUCCUUGGGUCAACAAUUGCGUAGCCUACCACAAUUAUAAAUUUUUCAUAUUAUUUUUGGGUUAUGCGUUAAUUUAUUGUGUAUUUAUUGCCAGUACGACGUUGCAAUAUUUUAUACACUUUUGGAAGGGUGAAUUAGAUGGUAUGGGAAAGUUCCACAUAUUAUUUUUGUUCUUCAUCGCUCUUAUGUUUGCAGUCAGUCUGAAUUCUUUGUUUUUUUACCAUUGUUACCUCAUUUUACAUAAUCGAUCAACAUUAGAAGCAUUUAGACCACCCAUGUUCCGAAUGGGCAAAGAUAAAGAUGGAUUUAAUAUUGGAAAAUAUAACAACUUCCAAGAAGUGUUUGGUGAAAACAAAAAACUUUGGUUUCUUCCUAUUUUUACAAGGUAUGUUUUUCUUGGAAAUGGAGUGGUCUAUCCAGUACGCGCGCAACAUCAAGGUCCGAGUACAUACAACUCAAUGGGAAAUACGCAAAACAGUUUCGGUGAUGGGAUCAGCUUCCCUGAGAGGACUUACGAUGAAGACACUCACAAUCUACUUGGUGAUAAUGGGCCUUAA